AUGCACUGGCAAUGGAAGAAUUGCCCAAUUGUCUGGCAAGGAGAUUACGGAAACAGAAAAGGCCAAAAAAGUAUCAUCCUUGAAGCUAUUGCUGGCUUUGAUACAUGGGUUUGGCAUGCCCUUUUUGGAGUUGCCGGAUCUCAAAAUGACCUCAGCGUGCUAGGUCAAUCCCCGAUUUUCAACGAUGUUUUGAGAAGUGAAGCCCCGAAUAUCACCUAUCAAAUCAACAAUACUGUCUACCAUACAGGGUAUUAUUUAGCAAACGGCAUUUACCCGAGGUGGACCACAUUUGUCAAAUCCAUUCCGAAUCCAUGUUCCCAGAAGCAAAGAUUAUUUGCUUCUUAUCAAGAAGGAUACAUAAAAGAUGUCGAAAGAUGUUUUGGCAUCCUCCAAGCCAGGUGGUUGAUUAUUCAAGGUGCGGCACGUAUGUUUAAUGAGGAGGUGCUGAAAAGCAUUAUGAUGACUUACAUAAUCCUCCAUAAUAUGAUUGUGGAGGAUGAGUAUGAUUACAAUGCUGCAGAGGUCUACAAACUGGAUCCCAUGAAUACCGCUUUGACACGAAUUUAUGAAAGGCCCAUGGGGCCAAGUGAAGAACCAUUGGAGCAGGAUCUGUUGGUUAGGGAUGAUCGUUUCAUGACCCGUAUGCUAGAUCGAUAUACGAAUAUGCAAUCUUCUUAUAUUCAUGAAAGGCGUCAAGUUGACUUGAUGAAGCAUCUAUGGGUGGUGAAAGGCAAUGACGGUGAAUGA